CGUAAGAUCCGUGUUUGAAAAUUGCAGACAAAAGAAUUACUACAAGUGUAAGUUAAUGUCAUUUAUGCUUGAUGGUGACAACGACACUGUAAUCCACCUCGAUAGUGCUUUCAAGAAUAUCACUGUCACAAAACUCAUAAACGCGAGUCGUCACGCUUGCGUACCUCGGGACGUUGAGCGGGUAAUGUGCGAGGGUCGAAUACCUUGUGCAGACAUAAAGCGGUGCACACACCUGACAGAGUCAUUAGACGGCCUCAGGUUGACUGCAGCUGUGCUCAGUGAAGAUGUCCGAGUUGACAGGACGAGAUUUAGGAGAUGGAGUGUCAUUUGCUGCCAGCCCAGCUGAGACAGCAGUCCAAGAAAACUCAAAGCAAGAACGAAGACGUUGUGAGAUCAUCAAAGAACUUAUUGAAACAGAGAAGACAUAUCUGAAUCAUCUGGAUAUUAUUCACAAAUUUUUCUACUCCCCCCUGAAGGAAAAGGAGGACAUCAUUCCGAAAGAUGCCCACUUAGUCUUGUUUAGAAAUAUUGAGCAAAUCAGAGAAGUCAACCGCACCUUGCUGGAAGUGAUGGAGCAAAGCACAGUGGGUCAGGCUUUCCGUCACCUGGGCCCAUUCCUCAAAUUGUAUGCAACAUACGCCAACAACCAUAUGCAAGCUCUUGAUGUGCUACAGGAAUGGAGACAGAAAAAGCCAGAGUUUGCAGACUUCAUUGCAACACAAGAAUCACGACCUGAAUUAAUGAUGCUGUCGAUAGAUGCACUGCUAAUCAUGCCUGUGCAACGAAUUCCCAGAUACAGACUUCUUCUCGAGGACCUUCUGGAACAUACUCACAAAAAAGACCCUGACUAUCUACAACUGAAAGAGGCCACACAACAGAUUGGAAAAAUUACCAUGCACAUCAACGAAGACAUUCGAAAGCAUGAGAACUUUCAAAAAAUGUUGGCCAUACAGAAAUGUUUUGACAGCUCUGCUCCUCAGAUACUGAAGCCUGGACGCUUGUUUCUGAAAGAAGGGCCACUGAAAAAGGCUUCCCGCAAAGGAGGAAAUUACCACGAAAGAAUGUUUUACCUUUUCAAUGACAUGUUGUUAUAUGGAAAGCCAAGACUGCUGGAUAGUGGUGGCAAAAGCUACAUCUGUUGUUGUGUCCUUCCAAUUAAACAUUGUUGCCUUGAGAAUUGUGGAUGUGUGUUCAAGAUUACCUGUAAGGAAGAAAGAUUGGUGCUAUUUUCAGACGAAAUUGGUGUGGCACAGUCUUGGAUUGAUGCCAUGGAAAUGGCCAUCCGAAAAGCCAAAAGUGACUCCCUGACAUUAAGAAAACCCAGCAGUCGCAGGAUACCUCUACGGGGACGUUUAUUACGCACACAUCAAAAGAGUUGGGAUCUGGAGAUGACAUCUGAAAACAAUUGGAUGCCGGGUGAGCAAGACGAGAGCGACAACUACUGUUCACCAGACUGCUACUGCUUGCAUUUUAUUCAAGCUCGUCUCCAAAACAUUUACAGAAGUUUGAGGAAUCGGUAAUAUAAAACUCAAACGUUCAAGUCAGCAGUGGACACUGCAGUUUGACCAGCAGUAGAAGGAUAGAAAAACUCCAGUUUAAGCAUUAACACUUCAAAUCACUGUGGUGAUCUCACAUCAACUUACUUCCAUCUGGCAAUGAUAAUCUUUAUUAUGCAGCUACCCUGCUGAAAAUAAUUAGUUUGAACAUAAUUUUCAUAGUUAUAGUGAACAUUUUAAUAGCAUUUUUCCAGUGAUUCACUCGGAGCACUUUACAAAAGUGAUACUCAGACCAAGAUCCAUGCAAAUGGAAUCACUGACAACCAUGCACCCAUAUUCGCAUGUAACAGAUAUGCUCACUUCUACAACAGACACACCUAGAAGGUAAAUACAGACACACGUUAUGCCACUCAUGGUCAGCAGCAGCAAAGCCUCUGUUCUUAAAAAAUGUGUCUUAAGUUGGGACUUCAUGGUGUAAAAGAAUCAGAGUGACAAAGGAGAAUGGGUAAUCUGUUCGUGGUUAAUGGAGCUUGAUAGGAGAAAGACCUUUGUCCAUACGUCUUUGUUUAAAUGAGUGGGAUUGGAAGAUGCUAAAAGUAUUAAUUGUUUUGUCCUAAAGUACGAAAUGUUCUUUUAUAUGAAUUAUGACAAGAUGCUAUAAACUGAUGAUUGCACUUAAGUUUCCCACAUUGAAAAAAUCUUAGACAAAUCAUAUUUUAGCUAUCCUUAAAAAUGAAAAGGCCAGUGUACGUAAUUACUUAAUUUUUUAUUUAUUAAUUAUGCUGUUUGUUCUUUAUCCAUCCACUGAACUUAAUUUAUAAAAUUUUAACAUAAUAAUAAUGUGCUGGUGGUGUUUUAAAUCCUACUUCUAUUUUUAUUCUUCUAUUAUUUUCUCACUUUCUUGUUGAACUCUUCAUUAUGCAGCUACACAUUUCUUUCAACAAUCAAUAUAAUUUUACCUACGUUUUCAAAGCCCAGUUUGUUGCAAAAUAAACUGAUAAGACUGCCUCAUUUCAGGAAAAAACUAGCAUAUGUUUUAAAUUCACCAACUGGUCAUAAAAUGCAUGUUAAGUAUUUUACACUAUUUUAUGUAAAUCCUGCUAAAUUUACUGUUCUUUUCUGCUACCUUUUUAUCCACAGUAUGCGUGCACACAAAAACUGCAUUGCAAUGCAUUCAUAAUGGAUGUAAAUAAUAACCCUAACCCUAACCCUGCACAUUACAAACACAAAAACAAAUGCAAAUAUCUGAACAAUAAUUACAACUAUUUAUUUAAGAAUAUUUAAUCCAUAUUUAUGUAUAAUGCAGAAACAAGAAUGUAGAAUAUCUAAUUAAAAAAUUGAUAUAAUUUAAAGGAAAAAAUAGAAAUUGAAAAUCUCUAUAUUGAUAAAGUGUCAGCUGGUAUAGCUUGCAUUUCUACUAACUAAUUUUUUUUUGCUUGUUGUAUAUGAAAUCCUACUCAUCCCACACAAAAUUUAUUAAAAUGUAUUCCUGUAUUGUUGUUACUUCUGUAUACUGUGAUUUUAUUAUAAUGUAAAGAAUACUUUUGUGUAAAUGUCUGCAAUGUUGCUAUUUUUUGUCUUUGAUAUUGUCUUGAUUAAAGUAAACCAUUAAAGUACCCCUAGUUUUGACAUUU